ACAAAACAGUAACUUCAGUCUGCCAAGAGAGUCAGGUAGCCUGUUGUUGUAGUUGCUAUAACAGGAGUACUCUCAACUCAAGCUCAUAUUUCUAGGCAUCGUAGUUUACAGGAUUGACCAGCCUUUGUCUGAUUUGAUUUGGAGGACUUUAUUUUGGAAAAAACCUGGCCAGAAAGUACUUCAUCAAUUGUUUUGUAUCCCAGCAACCUGUUCUCCCAACAACUUUUCUACAGGUGAUAAAACAUGAAUGAGACGUUCACAGAUGCAUAUGAUUAUGACAUCACAGAAAACGACAUUAAAGAUUAUCCAGAUGAUAACGAAUAUAUCUGUAACCUGAAUCCCAACCGUGAUAUGGAGAUAGUCAUACAGACCUACUUCCAUUCCUUCAUCUGUGCAUUCGGUUUCUGCGGCAAUGCAUUGGUGAUAGUCACAUAUGCCUUCUACAAGAAAGCCAAGACCAUGACAGACGUGUACCUUCUGAACGUGGCAGUGGCAGACCUGCUCUUCAUCGUGGCCCUACCUCUCAUAAUUUACAAUGAGCAGCAUGACUGGAGCAUGGGCUCAGUGGCCUGCAAGGCUUUGCGAGCAGCCUACAGCAUCAACCUGUACAGUGGCAUGCUCCUGCUGGCCUGCAUCAGUGGAGACCGUUACAUCUCCAUCGUCCAGGCCAGGCGCUCCUUUGGCCUUCGGUCCAAGAACCUGAUCUAUAGUCGCCUAAUCUGUACGGCCAUCUGGGCUCUGGCCAUAGCCCUGUCCGUCCCCACAGUAAUCUACAAUGAGCGGGUUGAGGAGACCAUCUUGCUGGAAGGGACUAUAACCAUGUGUCAGGAGCAGUUCCAAAGUAACAGGACCGCCCGGCUGAUGAAGGUGCUGGUGCCUAGCCUGCAGGUGGCCAUGGGGUUCUUCCUGCCCCUCCUGGCCAUGGUCCUCUGCUAUGCCAGCAUCCUAUGGACCCUACUGAGGGCCCAAAGCACCCAGAGACACAAGGCGGUUCGUAUGGUCCUAGCCGUGGUGGUGGUCUUCAUCGUGUGCCACCUGCCCUACAAUGUGGUGCUACUCCACCACACGGUGGCACUGUUCCAGCAAAGGGAGUGUGAGGUAGAGAAGAUUAUCCUUACCACCCUCACCAUCACCAGGAGCCUGGCCUACCUCCACUGCUGCCUCAACCCCAUCAUGUAUGCCUUCAUCGGGGUCAAGUUCAGGAGCCACUUCAGGAAGAUCAUGGAGGACCUGUGGUGCAUGGGCAGGAAGUACAUCUACCCAUCUGGACGCUCCUCACGCAUGACCUCUGACCUCUAUAUCCCAGCACACAAGUCCACCGACGGAUGCAACAAGAAUGUCUCGUCGUUUACCAUGUGAACAUGGGAGUAGGUAGAGAUUGCCUCCAAUUACUAUGGGUGAUGAUAGCAUGGUUAGUCAGGAAAUCAAGUAGUGAUUUAUAUUCUGUGUACAGUGUGAGUAUUUGUUUGCUACUGUAUCUACAUCAUUUACCUAUAGUAUUCACUGUAUUAAUCCAAUUGAAUGCUCAUCGCGACUCUAAUUACAGAUAAAAGCCGGGCAUUUUACCAGAGAAUUUUAGAACAUGGACACUGUCUCGUUGGCCUAAUGUUAUAUCCUAUUUUGACUUUGGUGCAGGUCAUGUUGUUCUUCACAUUACCAUCUCUGGUAAAUACAUACUACAGUCUAUCAAAUAAAAUGGUUACUUGCAUAGUGGAGUCUUUUGUUUAGACAUGUUGCUAGCUAGUUAGCUAGCUAAACAAUGAAGCAUAAUCCCAACUCAAAACAUUACUACCCUGCAUGACACACACACACACACACACGAUAACAUAUGCACUAUACACACACAUGGAUUUAGUACUGUAGAUAUGUGGUAGUGGUGGAGUAGGGGCCUUAGGGCACACAGUGUGUUGUGAAAUCUGUGAAGGUAUUGUAAUGUUUUUAAAAUUGUAUAAACUGCCUUAAUUUUGCAGGACCACAGGAAGAAUAGCUGCUGCUUUGGCAGCAGCUAAUGGGGAUCCAUAACAUAAACAAAUCUGGGAGGUAGCUAGCUAGCUAACAUUAUGUAGGUAGCUAGCUAGCUAACAUUAGACUAUAACUUGCAAUGCAAAUGGCUAUGAGAUGCGUGUAAUAUUACUACACAGAUCAUACAUGUAACGUUAGCUAGCGAGUCAGCCCACUAACAUUAGCUAGCUAGGUAACAGUAUGCUUUAACUUGAAAUGAAAAUUACUUAGGCAAAAUUAGAAAUGUAUAAUAUCUGAAAAUGUAGUUAGCUAGACUAUCUUACCUUUAUAAAUGAAUGGACGCUUCUCCCUCUCUGUCACGGAUGCCAUGGUUGCAGAUGUAUAAAACACUUGUCUCUGGAUUA